AUGGCAAGCCAGACACAAAAGUCGGAGGCUCUAGUGAGUGCUCCAGAUGUCGAGUUCACUGAAAGAUCCCGCGAUGAUUCACUUCCCAAUUCGCAAGAGGCAGACGAGGUUGAGGGCAGAUUUAAGAGAGAUCUUGACGUUACCCAAGAUGACUUGCUUGAAGCAAGGGAGAUUGCGGCAACGCUGUCUCUGGAACAUGUCCACAAAAUGAUGAGCAAGGUAUACAAGCUUCACAAGAGAGAUCCCAACUUUCCUCUCUCAGUCAUCCAAAAGAUUGAAUACUUCCUAGACCAAGAUGAUGUCUUAAAACAUCCUGAACGACAUCAGACACUCAUAAAAGAGAUAAAGGUCGAGGCAGCGUUGAUCACACACAAUUCACCAUACGCUGAAGUCCGCGCCGUGGUCGAUAACCAUGAUGACCCAAGCAUGCCCUGCUCCACGAUACGCGCCUGGUUCAUCGGUCUUAUCUUCUCCUGCACCGCCUCCUUCAUCAACAGCUUCUUCGAGAUCCGUCAACCCACGAUCGGCGUCAGUUUGGCGGUGCCUCAACUCCUGGCAUACCCUUUUGGAAUGUUCCUCGAGAAGAUUCUGCCCGAUAUUGGUUUCACUCUCUUCGGUGCGCGACACAGUCUCAAUCCUGGAAAGUUCAACAAGAAAGAACAUAUGUUGAUUACUAUUAUGUCGAGCAUCUCUAUGGGAACGCCAUAUACAAACUACAUCAUUUGGAUCCAGUAUCUUCCGCAGUACUUUAAUCAACCCUACGCAUUGAGCAUGGGAUAUCAGAUCCUACUCGGUCUUUCCAGCAAGUUCAUCGGUUAUGGACUUGCUGGUAUUUGUAGACGCUUCCUCGUCUACCCUUCAUAUUGUCUGUGGCCAACGACAUUGGUAUACAUCGCCCUCAACACGGCACUACACGAUGAGGGAGACGUCCCAGUGCCGGGUCCCUUCAAGAGGAUAUGGAACACAUCUCGCUUUAGAUUUUUCAGCAUAGCCUUUUGCGCAAUGUUUGCUUACUUCUGGCUACCCAAUUAUCUUUUUGCUGGCCUGAGUUGGUUCAGUUGGAUGACCUGGAUAUCCCCCAACAACGGCGACUUGGCUAAUGUUACGGGCGGAUAUACUGGCCUGGGCAUCAAUCCCUUCCCAACGUUUGACUGGAACAUAGUUACGCUGGGUUGUGAUCCUCUCAUGGUGCCCUUCUUCGCAACCUUUAAUCUAUUAUGUGGCGCACUGCUGACUUGCUUUGUUAUACUUGGCGUUUACUACGGGAAUGGCUAUAGCACUGCUUAUCUGCCCAUCAACUCGAACAGAGUGUUUGAUCACUUUGGGGGGCUGUAUAACGUAUCUGCCAUCAUUGAUGAGCGCGGUAUUUUUGACUCUGAAAAGUACGAAGCAUACUCGCCUGCAUUUCUGUCAGCUGCACAUAUUAGCUCUUACAUGUUCUUGUUCUCCCUCUAUACGGCUGCCAUUACCUAUGCUGUGCUAUAUCACCACCGAACAAUCACCAUGGGGCUCAGGGGAUUAGCUGACAGUUUCCGCCCGUCAAGGAAGAAUGAAUCUGAGGAUGAGCAAGUAAUGGAUGCACACAAUCGUCAAAUGAAGACCUACCGCGAAGUCCCCGAGUGGUGGUACUUGGCAUGUCUUGUGAUAGCUUUCACUGUAGGCGUUGUCGGUGUAUCUCAAUGGCCAACACACACCACACCCGCAGUCGUGCCUUUCGGUGUCAUCUUGAGUCUGAUAUUUGUCGUCCCUGUUGGCAUUAUAUCAGCAACCACUGGAAUUGGCGUCUCACUUAACGUCUUGUCCGAAUUCCUCGGUGGUGCCUUUGUCGAGGGUAACGCCAUUGCCAUGUGUUUCUUCAAAGCCUUUGGAUACAGCACUUGCGCUCAAGCAGUCUACUUCAGUGCAGACCUAAAACUAGCGCACUACCUCAAGAUACCACCACGUUUUACCUUUUGGGCACAGAUGGUCCCCACGUUUGUGUCGACGCUUGUUUCCGUCGGUGUAUUGCAGUACCAGAUAAGUCUGGAGGGCGUGUGUACACAGGAUGCUCCAUACCGUUUUAUGUGUCCUGGCAUGAACAACUUCUUCACUGCGGCUGUGCUUUGGGGGACUAUUGGACCUAAGAAGUUAUUCGGCCCUGGGGGUCAAUAUGUCGAGGCUUUGAUGGGCUUCCCGUUUGGCGUGGCUAUCGUUCUUCUCUUCUGGUGGCUUGGGAAGAAAUACCCAAACAUUAAGUUCAUACGGAGUAUUCACCCAGUUGUUUUUCUUGCGGGAGGUAUGCUCUGGGCGCCUUACAACAUCACUUAUAUCUGGCCUGCUGUGCCGAUUGGCUGGCUUUCCUGGAUGUAUAUCAAGAAGCGAUAUCUCGCAUUCUGGGCCAAGUAUAAUUAUAUCCUCUCUGCCGCUUUCUCGGUCGGUAUCGCCAUAUCUGCACUGGUUAUUUUCUUUGGCUUGCAAUAUCACGACAUCAAUCUUGACUGGUGGGGUAACAGAGUUCCGUACGAAGGUUGUGAUGGGACUCAGUCUUGCUUUCUCAAGACUCUUGCUCAGAAUGAGUAUUUCGGUCCUCGAAUAGGAGAUUUCAGCUAA